AUUUGUGUCGUUCAUUCACAUAAAGUCCUGGUCACAAUUAGAAAAAUAACACUUAACUACCCAGGAACAAAAUUCGUGUUACAUAGCGUUAUCAGUUUACCACAAGUGCUGUGUGUGGUUAAUGCAGUACUUGAUUCCGUGCAAAAGGUAUCUAUUUUGUGUUACGACGUUUCGGGCGCAACACAAGCGUGCAUCACGUGGGAACGCCCAUGGUGUGCUGCUGCGGCAUACUGUUUUCUUUAUGACCCUGAGGCUACACUCGUUUCAAAUCUUUUAAAACAGUCUGAUUUAUUUUAUUUUCUACCCACUUGGUGACUUUACCGAAAGAACCAAAGAGUAUGGAUUCCUGCAGUCACGAAAGCUUCAAAUCGAGAUUAAAUUAAACGCUGCAAGGAACGGUGACAUGACGUCAUUGCAUAGUUCGCCGCACAAUGACGUCAUGGGAUCUUUGGCCAGGCUCCGUAUAACAGACAAAAAAAUAUAAUCUCGCGCCUGUUUGGCCGGCCAAUGACGUCGCUCACCAUUGGUCGCCGAGCAAGCGGCGCUCCGAUUGGCUCGGGUGGUGCUGAGGGGUGGGGGUUGGGUCACAGCAUGCGGGAACAGCUGCAUAAAAGGCAUCGUCGUUAAUUAACGAGCCAGCGAACCGAACCGCGACAUUGCAGCGAUGGCGUGCGCCGUGGCAGAGCCGGACCCGCGCGGAGACUUCCCGGCGUGGCUGGCGACGCGCGGCAUGAAGCCCACGUUCGCCGACGCCAUGGAGCGCGAGCUGGGCAUCAGCGACUACGAGGAGCUGCUGGCGUGCGCCGAGGACGUGCAGGUGACGGCCGAGCUGCUGGGCGCCGCCCGCGACCGCCUGCCCUUCGCCUUCUACGCCGUGCUGCGCCGGCUCGUGCGCGCGCUGGCGCCGCGGCAGCGACAGCGGUGGUGGUGGCGCCAGCGCCGACGAGGCCGCCGCCGCAGCCGGGGGCCACUGUCCGGAGACGGCGAAGACGAUGGCGACGGGAAGGAGGAGCGAGCGAGGGACGAUGACGGUGGUGAUGAGGAGGAGGAGGAGGAUGAUGAGGAGCUGGGAGGGUGCGCCCCCCGUUGCGAAGGAGUCCUGGCGAGUCGCGCCGUCCUCGACGCCAUCGUGGCCACGCUGAGCUCCCUGAGCCGCGAGUUGCUGCAGUCGGCGCAGAGAUUCCGCUGCCUGGACUCGCUGGUGCACGGAGACAGUGCCGUGGGGCCGAGCGAGGGGGGAGGCAGCCCCUACCUCAACACCACCACCAUGUCGGAGGAAGUGGAGGUGGCCGAGUCAUUUGAAGCGGAGGCGUUCCACCACGAGGAGUCGGUGAAGAUGUCGGAGAAUGAGGCCGGUGGGCGGCACAUGGGGCAGGAGUGGGGUGAGGGGAUGGCGCCAGCCGUGGAGGAGUGUGGGGAAGACUUGGCGGACGACGCUCGGGAGGGUGUGGUCGCCAUGGAGACGCAUGGCGUGCCGGGCACAGGCGGGCGAUGUUGCAGCAGCAGCAGUGGCGGUGGCAGCAGUCACUGGGAAAAGGCAACGACAGUGAAGACGGAGAAAUUCUACAACGAAAGCGACCGGCAGCGUCGCAACUCCCUCCGCGGCAGCCCCAGACCGAACCGCCACUCCUCUCAUGGCCCCACGCCACCUCCGCCGCCGCAGCAGCCGCCGCAGCAGCCGCCGCAGCAGCCGCCUCAGCAGCCACCGCAGCAGCCACCGCCAGUACCGCCGCUCACCGCCGACUGGCACCACCACCACCACCACCCGGCCUCGGCCGAGCCAUCCCGACUGCUCGCGAGGAGCGGCGAGGGUCCGUACGGGCACGUGCAUCACCACCACCAUCACGAGCACGCGGCAGCGACGGCGGCAGCGGCGUCGUACCACCCCCUCGGCCCGGGCGAGGACGCGGGGGCGAUCCACGGCGCCAGCGAUGCCCCGCCACCCGGCACGGAGCUGGUGCAGACAGGUGACAAACGCGGUAAUGUCGGUGGCAUCGGCGGCGUCAGCAGCGUCUUCACGAGGAACUGUUUCCCGGACGAGGCGUACGCCUUCCACCCCAUAAACGUGGUCGGCUUCUGCACCGAGGCGGCGCUCCUGCCACCCAAGCCGUCCAUCUACAGCCUCGGCUGCGGCCAGAUGGACGGUGCCGCCCCGCCCCCUUCAUCGUCGGGGCUGAACGGCGGCGCUUGCCAGCCGUUGCCAAAAGCGCCGCCGCGCCGGCAGGACGGGCUGGGCGGCGGUGGCGGCGCUCAGGAUUCGGGAUCGGUGACGCAGCCCCCGCCGGUGGCGGGAGGUCCGGCGGCGGCACGCACGUCGUUCGUGUGCGUGGAGUGCGGGCGGUGCUUCGCGAGCGCCACGCUUCGUCGCGUGCACCAGCGGCGCGAGCACAGCGCCGAGCGACCUUUCCACUGCGACAUGUGCGGCAAGCGCUACACGCAGGCGUGGCUGCUGGCGCGUCACGCGCGCUCCCACACGGGCGAGCGGCCCUUCGCCUGCGCCGACUGCGGGCGCCGCUUCUCGCAGGCGUGGAUCCUGGAGCGGCACAAGCGUACGGUGCGGCACCACCGGCACAGCGGCGGUGGCGGCGGCGGCGUUGGCGGCGGCGGCAGCGGGGUGACGGUGGAGCCAGUGCCGCCGGGGCUGCAGCUCACGUGACGGUGACGCCGGCGCCCGAUCGAGCCGGCCGCUUUAAACGGAGAGAAGUUCGGGAAUCGUCUCCGUACUUGAGGGGAGGAGGGAUGAAGCGGGGGAGGGUUGAGUGGAGAAGCGACAAGAGUUGUGCGGGCGGACUGACGGACCGACAGACUGAUGGAGGAGCAGAUGAGCACAUAGGCAGAAUGAUGAACAGCCAAAUGGAUGGGUAGGUGAAUGGAUGGCAGGACAAAUACAUGGGUAGAAAGAUGAACAGGCAGAUGGUGGAAUGGAGGGACAGACACCGCUGACGAACAGAUGGACAUAUGCAUGGGCAGACAAAUAGACUGACGGACAGACUACAAAGUUGAUAGACAGAUACAGAGAUGGACAAGAGAAAUAUAAGCAGACAGAUGGAUAUACAGAUUGUGCAAAGGAAAGAUAAGACGCCUGGUUGCAUGUGGACCGACACGGAUAAAUAGGUUAAUGGGCAGACAUGCAGAUGGGCAGGCGGAUGGGUAGGUGAAGAAUGCACAGAUACACGGGCGGAUGGAACUAUGGGCAGACAGACGGACAGAUGGAGAAAUGGGUAGACAGACGAACAGAUAGCGCGCAGGAGAACUAAACGGACGAACGGCGAGCCUCGCACCAUUGACCUCGUGGUCAAUGCAGCGGGCUUGACGCCAGGGUAGAAGUGACACGAUGGGAUGGGGUAAGGAGUGCUGCUCUGCUUGGUAACACGUGUCCGUGUGUAUUUGAGUUUUCACACUUGUUGGGGGAGAGCGGUGGGGCAGUGGUUAGCGCGCCACGCUAUGAACCCAGGCGACCUAAGUUCGAUUCCCGGCCUUGGCUAACAUCAGUAGGGAGUGACAUCUGAACCGGUUCUGAGCCUCUCGUAGGCUGACUCGGCCUUAAGUGUGUACCUGGCACAGUGGGUAAACAUCAGCAUGGGGGAGACAAAGGUGGCCAGGCAAAGAACUGGCCACACCCACUGAAUUUCGUGUUUGGCCUUAAAUGGUGCUUGCUAACAACACUUGCCCUAACAGUCUAUGUAGAGUCUAUGGAGGUGGGGAUUGUCUGUUUUAUGGGUGUGCAUAAUUUUUCGUGUAACUAUUUGUGUGCAUUGCACGUUUGUAUGUAUGCUUGUCAAUGUGUGUAUGUACGAGUGUGUGUGUAUGUGGGGAGCGGUAGCGUAGUAGUUUGCGCACUGCGCUAUGAACCCGUUAAAUUCCCACUCGCAACCAAUAACAAGUGGAAAAUAUUUGAACUAGUCAUGGGCCUCCCCCAAGUCGACUCAGCGUUGCAAUGAGUACCGAGCGUGGCCUCGAGUUAA